GGCUCGUCUCGGCCCAAAUCGAAACUGGGUUUUGUCGUUUUGGUCUCGAAGUCCCGCCCACUUUCUCCUCCUCCUCGCGCUCCGAUUGAAUGGCAGCUCCUGUCCAUCGCCGCUCCGGCGCCCGCCUCCUGAAUCGCAUCUGCACGUUAAUACACCAUGGCGCGAUCGGAGCGGGAGAUUCCGAAGUCAUGGGUGCCGGAGCGAACCGUCUGGCUGAAUGCCGGGGUGCCGAUGCCACUACUGGGCUUGGGAACUUUCCGCCUUCGGGGCGAUGAGGCUGUGCGCCUCAGCCUGGAGGCCGCUCUGGAAAACGGCUACCGCUUGGUGGACACGGCUGCCGUCUACGGCAACGAGACCGCGAUCGGCUCCGCUCUGACCAUGUUGCUGCCCCAGCACGGCCUCGGCCGCGGAGAUAUAUUCCUUACGAGCAAACUGAGCCCCAAAGAUCACGGCGAGGAAGCGGCCGAAGCUGCCUGCCUCCGCAGCUUGAAGGAACUGGGUUGCGACUACCUGGACCUGUAUUUGGUGCAUUGGCCGGGAACUCAGGGCUGGCCUCAGGACGACGCGGGGAAUCGGGAGCGGAGGAUGCGGAGCUGGAGGGCCAUGGAGAAACUGCACGACAGCGGGAAACUACGUGCCAUCGGGGUCUCGAAUUAUACCAUUCAGCACCUUGAGGAACUGCUCACCGAGUGUCGUGUGCCUCCGUCCGUUCUCCAAGUGGAGUUCCACCCGGAAUUGGCGCAAUCGGCACUGCUGGGGUUCUGUCGCCGGAAGGGCAUCCACCUCCAGGCCUAUUCCUCGCUGGGCGCGGGGCAUCUGGUGGGGCGCCCGGAGGUGGUGAAGGUGGCCGCGCGCCACGGCUGCCAGCCCUCGCAGGUCUUGCUGCGCUGGGCCCUGCAGCAAGGGGUGAGCGUGAUCCCCAAAUCGGCCUCCCCGUGUCGCGUGGCCGAAAACGCUCAGCUCUGGACCUGGGAGCUGAGCCAGGCGGAUAUGGAGGAACUCAGCGCAAUGGAUUGCGGGAAACAUUACUGCUGGGACCCCAGUGGUGUGGCUUAGAAGCGUAAACGUUCGGGAGAAGGGUGGGGAGGAGACGGAAAAGAAUGAAAAUUUAUACAUGUGAAUUUUAUAAUAAAAAUUUAAAAAAUAUUGGAGAUGGGGGGAGGAAUUGGAGGAUUUGCUCCACACUGCCAUGUAAUCCAGUUCAAAGCAGAUUUUUUUUUCAUGUCUGGAGCAACUUGAGAAAGUGCAAGAUGCUUCUGGUGUGAGAGAAUUGGCCAUCUGCAAGGACAUUGCCCAGGGAACGUUACCCGGAUGUUUCUCUGAUGUCCCCGCAUGGGAAGCUGGAGCUGAUAGAGGAAGCUCAUCUGCACUCUCCCUGGAUUGGAUUCAAACUGACAACCUUCAAGUCAGCAGUCCUGCCGGCACAAAGGGUUUCACCCACUGCGCCACCUGGGGGCUUCUACUCAAAGCAGAUAAUCUGGAUUUUAUAUGGUAGCAUAGAAGGGGCCUUAAGCUUUGAACUGGAUUAUAUGGCAGUAUGGACUCAUAUAAUUCCGUUCAAAGCAGAAAAUGUGGAUUAUUGGAUAAUCUGGAUUUUAUAGCAGUGUAAAAGGGGUCUUUUACACAGCAUUAUUAUUAUUACUAUUAAUAUCAAUAAUAAAAACAUUUAUUAUGUGUA